CAACACGUCCCAUUUUGCCUGACCCUCCCCUAUUGUUAAUCCUUCAGUAAUGAAUGUUUAUCACUCGUUAGAAAGCGUUUCAGUUCCAUCUCGAGUAGUUCAACAUCUUCUAGAGAAGAAACGAAACAUGCACGAAGCCACUCUCAAGGAAAUGCAACAAGAGCUUAUAUCCAUUCAGGAAAAAUGUCGAGAUGAAUUUGAAGCGCUCGGAGAUAAAUUGAAAUCCGAGAUCGAUGAAAUUCGAGGGGAAAUUCGGGGCGUGCAGGAGAAUUUUGAGAGUGAUAUCAAACGAUUCAAUCCUGCCGAACGUCGGAAGGUGGACGUCAGACUGACUGCUCUACUCGCAGCGGAAGAAUGUCUGAUUAAUCAGUUUCACGCAGAAAUACGCAAAAAUGAGAGGAAGCGAACGGCAUCUGUCAGGAAAACAUUCAAAAAAUUCGGGAGAAAAUUGAGGUGCAUUGCACAUGUGCCACCUGGAAGUCUAGAAAUUCCGACGGAUGAGGAAAUUGAAGAAUACAACGAAAAAAUUAGAAGAAAUUGGGCAAUUUAUGAAGAAUUGUGUUCAAUGCUGCAUUUGAGGACAAGUAAUCUAGAAUCAGAGAUACAUGAUUGGCUGGAGGAAAUAAAAAUCUUCAAAUCAUGAGUAUCGUGAACUGGAAAGAAUCUCCGAUUAAUCAAUUUCGUGAAAAAAAUAGGGAAAAAAUAGA